AUCUCACACCAACAACACUAAAUAAAAAAAAAGGAGGCUGAAGCAUAAUCAGCGCGGCGGUGUAAGAUGGUAGCAACGGCGAUCGAGGAAGUGCGAACCCUCUGGAUUGGCGAUUUACAGUACUGGGUCGACGAGUCCUACCUCUCUCAGUGCUUCGCCCACAGCGGCGAAGUGGUUUCCAUCAAAAUCAUCCGCAACAAGCUGACGGGCCAGCCCGAGGGCUACGGCUUCGUCGAGUUCGUCUCGCACGCCUCGGCCGAAGCCUUUCUCCGAACCUUCAACGGGGCCCAAAUGCCCGGCACGGACCAGACCUUCAGGCUCAAUUGGGCCUCGUUCGGGGACUCCGGGCCCGACCACUCCAUCUUCGUCGGCGAUCUCGCCCCCGACGUCACCGAUUUCAUCCUCCAGGAGACUUUCCGGGCCCAUUAUCCCUCCGUUAAAGGGUCCAAAGUCGUCACCGACCCCGCCACGGGCCGCUCCAAGGGCUAUGGGUUUGUUAAGUUCGCCGAUGAGGCCCAGAGGAACCGCGCCAUGACUGAAAUGAACGGCGUUUAUUGCUCCACGCGACCAAUGCGUAUCAGCGCGGCUACUCCUAAGAAGAAUGCUUCUUUUCAACACCAAUAUGCUCCACCUAAAGCAAUGUAUCAAUUUCCUGCAUACACUGCUCCAGUGAGUACUGUUGCGCCGGAGAAUGAUGUGAAUAAUACCACUGUUUGUAUUGGUAAUUUGGAUCUUAAUGUGACGGAGGAGGAGCUUAAGCAAGCCUUUGUGCAAUUUGGUGAUAUUGUGUUGGUCAAAAUUUAUGCGGGCAAAGGAUAUGGUUAUGUUCAAUUUGGAACUAGAGCGUCUGCUGAAGAUGCCAUUCAGAGGAUGCAAGGGAAGGUAAUAGGUCAGCAAGUGAUCCAAAUUUCUUGGGGCAGUACCUUGACAGCUAGACAGGAUGUACCCGGUGGCUGGGGUGCACAGAUGGAUCCAAGUCAAUGGAGUGCUUACUACGGAUAUGGACAGGGUUAUGAAUCAUAUGCUUAUGGUGCUACUCAUGAUCCCUCCUUGUAUGCUUAUGGUGCAUAUGCCGGUUAUGCACAAUACCCUCAGAAUGUUGAAGGUGCUCAAGACAUGUCAGCAGUGUCUAUGCCUAUGGAGGAAUUGUAUGACCCCCUGGCAAUGCCUGAUGUCGAUAAAUUAAAUGCUGCAUAUCUUUCAAUACACGGAAGUUCCAUUUUAGGGCGGUCCCUUUGGCAGAGAACUUCACAAUCUUUACAGCAAGCCUAGGAUCUAUAUGUAUUGUCAGGUCAAUUUUAGGCAUUAAGGCUUCAAAAUAUGGCUGUCUUACAAUUUUGCGUUUGUUUCAACAUGAGUGGAAGAGCAUGUUAAUUAGAUCAAUGGUAGUAUUUUAUGAUGUAAUACUGAAUAUCAAUGAUUUUAUUUUAGUUUAGGAUUUGAGUUUUAAUAGUAAUCUUGUAUUAAAAUUUAGAUAUGAUGUCAUAAGGAUAUUGUGUCGUAAUUUUCAGAAUUUGUUGUAAUGUAGGCUCUUUUUCCUAUC